AUGUUUUCGAUUCGAGGCAAAGCAGCGAUAUUUAAAGAAUUUUUGGUGUCUUUAAAUAGACCUAAUAAUAGAUAUCGAGAAAUUAAAUCUAUCUAUAUUUAUUUGAGAUUUCCAUCGUUAAAAUUGAUUAGAAAAACACAGAUUGCACCGAUACACUCUACAACGCCAUUAAAACGUGCAUUGACUUUAGAAACGAAGUCAUAUCUCAAUGAAUCACAACUGUGGUGCUCUUCGAAAGAGUCACGUGGGGGAACGCGUUGUACUUUUCUAAAAAUCAACAGAAAAUUUUCCACGGAAUUGAUAUUUCUGCCUAUUCGUGAUUCAUACGGAACUACACAACUUGUAUAUAAAGCAUCAAAAAAUAAAAAUUCAGUCAACAAUGUGGAUGAUGAUGGGUUUUUGGAAAAGCUAACCGGAUUGUCUAUCGAAAGUGUAAUUUGCGUUGAAGGAAUUGUCGUAGAAAGAUCCAAAGAAACUUGUAAUGAACGCAUGUCUACUGGUGAGAUAGAAGUACAGAUUGAUAAAUUGUAUUGUCUAAAUCCCGCGAAAUCAUUACCUUUUUAUCCUACAGAUAAAAAAUCACUUAAUGAAGAGAUUCGACUUAGAAAUAGGUGUAUCGAUUUACGUCGUGAUAUUAUGCAAAAGAAUCUUCGUACUCGUUCACGUGUAUCAUCGAUAAUUCGUAACUUUUUAGAUAGCGAAGGAUUUGUGGAGGUAGAAACCCCUCUACUAUUUAAAUCAACACCAGAGGGCGCAAGAGAAUUCAUUGUGCCAACUCGUACUAUUGGUUCUUUUUACGCGUUACCGCAAAGUCCACAGCAAUACAAACAAUUAUUAAUUGCCGGUGGCAUUGAUAAAUAUUAUCAAAUUGCUAAGUGUUUUCGUGAUGAGGAUUCAAGGGCAGACAGACAGCCAGAAUUCACACAAAUUGAUUUAGAGAUGUCAUUUGUGAAUACCGCAGAUGUUACUUUGCUUACUGAAAGGCUAAUGGCUCGAAUCUGGAAAGAUGUUGGAAUUGAAUUAACUCCUAAUGAAUCUUUUCCGCGAAUCUCAUAUCAAGAUGCUAUGCGUAGGUUUGGUUCCGACAAGCCGGAUACACGUUACGAACUUGAGAUUUCAGAUAUUUCUAAUUACCUGUCUGACAUCCUUGACCAAUCGAAAUCCAAAGUUGAAUGUCUUGUAAUAAAAAAAGGAGGUGCAUUAACUGGUGCAGAAAUCAAAAGCAUCGAACAGCUUGCUAAUCAAUCAUUUAAGCAAGAAAAAAAGCCAGAUUCAUCUAUAUCGAAUUUUGUCAAAAUUAACGAAAAUAAUAUUGGAACAUGGAUCAACAAAUCCAAUAUUAUAAGACAAUCGAUUAAUGCCACAUUCAUGCAAGAGAAGAUCACAGAGGAGUUAAAUAUAGAGAUUGGUGACUUAGUAGUUGUGAGCAAGAGUGACGCUAGGUUAUCAGGUACUAGCUGGACUACGAUGGGCCGUAUACGUGCAAAUGCUGCAACUUUACUAUUAAGCAAAAGCUUACUUCAAUUUAAACCUAAUCUUUCAAAUUUUCUCUGGGUUGAACGAUUCCCGUUAUUCACACGAGAUCAAGAUACUGGAUUGCUAACACCCACUCAUCAUCCAUUCACGUCACCUGAACCUGACGACAUUAACCUAUUGUUUGAAAAUCCAGAACAAGCUCGAGGUCAACAUUACGAUUUAGUCCUAGAUGGUGUAGAAAUAGGUGGUGGUUCUAUUCGUGUACAUUCUUCUGAGUUACAAAAAUAUAUCUUAGAACAUGUAUUAAAGAUAAAAGACAUUAAACAAGCUGGUUUCCAGCAUUUAAUCGAUGCACUUGCAAGUGGAUGUCCGCCGCAUGGUGGCAUUGCUUUAGGUUUUGACAGGCUAAUGUCAGUUAUUCUAAGGACUGAUUCCAUACGUGACGUGAUUGCAUUCCCGAAAAAUGGAACUGGAAAUGAUCUUUGUGUCGGCAGUCCUUCUUUCAUUUCUAAUGAGAGAAUACGCCUCGAUUAUGGUAUACAAUUGUUGUCAUCGUCAUUUGAUGAAA